AAGAAAAGAAAAAAAGAAGUGCAAGAUGACUAGUAUGAAUAACAAUAUUUAGAAGGGGAUAUAAAGAGGCAAGAGGUGCAGUGGAGUGAGGUGCAGUGCAGUAGUGCUUAUUUAUAGUGCUUAUUUACUCCAACGCAAAGCUAAAACGUUAAACACGCACAAAAAAAUUUCAUUUCUGAAAAGAGAAGCAAACAACAACCAUCACAUGACUCGUCCCUUGAGACUUUUAGGCGAGCGCAACUCGUCCUCCGACUCACCUGAUUCCACCGUCGUUGACUCUGACUUCGUCGUCAUCCUCGCCGCUCUUCUCUGCGCUCUCAUCUGUGUUCUUGGUCUCGUCGCCGUCUCACGCUGCGCCUGUCUCCGCCGCUUACGUUUCUUCUCCACCUCCGCUGCGCAGCCUCCUCCUCCUCCUGCCGCCGCAAACAAAGGCGUCAAGAAGAAGGUUCUGCGCUCUCUUCCGAAGCUCACCGCGACAUCCGAAUCCGCAGUAAAAUUCUCCGAUUGCGCGAUCUGUCUGACCGAGUUCGCCGCCGGAGACGAAAUCCGAGUGCUGCCUCAGUGCGGCCAUGGGUUCCACGUGUCCUGCAUCGACGCGUGGCUCAGAUCGCAUUCGUCAUGCCCGUCGUGCCGUCAGAUACUGGUGGUUUCGAGGUGUGACAAGUGCGGCGGGAUCUCUCCCCCUGGGAACUCGAGCAACGCGCCGCCACCGGAUUCAGAGGCCAUAUUCAAGGACGAUGCCAAUCGAUUCUUGCCAUAGCUUCAGCUUCUGGUUUCAGUUAAUAUUAACUGAAAUUACUCGAUCCUUUUUCUUUUUCUAAUAUUGUUUAUAUAAUAUAAUAUGUAUAAUAUGGAAUACUAGUUAUGUGUAGGGAUUUGUUAAUUAGAGUUUGCAGCACAUGGUUAGGAUUGUAAUUAGCAGUUGUAUUAUUGUAUUUGUACUCUCUCGAGUCAAUUGUGUCAAAUCUGAUUCUCUGCAAUUGCAACCAUUAUUUUCUCUUUCAUG